AUGACAUCUUCAAAAGCGGUCAAUUAUACGUCGUCGACGUCGCCCAGAGUCACAUAUCCCAUUAAUCAGAUUGCAAGGAAGUUGGACUGGAUCAACGUAGUGGCGUACGACUUCUAUAACCCCGCUCUGUCAGGGAAUAGAACUGGACCUUUUGCUGCAUUGCACAGUCCACAAAUCAAUGCAGAAACCCCACCUUGUGGGCAUAAUGGCGUCAGUGCUUGGCUUGCAACAACUAUGCCCGCCAAUAAAAUAGUCCUUGGCCUUCCAUUUUAUGGCACCGCAUGGUGCCUAGUAAAUGAAAAUAACCGAGAAAUAUUUGCGGCGGCUGCUGGACGAGCUCAAAGUGAUAAAGUAUAUAUUAAUGACUUAGAUGGGACCUUACCUUAUAACCAAAUCAAGUAUUUCAUAGAGAAACACCCAGGUGGCAGACAGGAUCACAGUGACAAAUAUGUUGUAGACUAUUUCAGUGCUGAGAAUACUUGGAUUGGUUAUAACGAUAUUCAUAGUAUCAGAGCUAAGGUUGAAUAUGCUAGGGGAAAGGGAUUGCUCGGUUACUAUGCAUGGCAUGCGGGCGGCGACAGAGAUGGGACUCUUUCAGGAGCAGCUUUUGGCGCAUGGCCAAUCACUGGACUUGGACAGGCCGGCACCAGCACGGGCACUGACAACGGCACCGAAAUUGGUUUCGGCACCGACAACGUAACCAAAACCAGUACCGGCACUGCCACCUCCACCGCCACCGGCGUCAGUACAGUCACUAGCACCGUCACCAACGCCAUCACUGGCACCAACACCAACACCAACACUUUCACCUGCAUCAACAGUACUUGUCUUGCACCGGCACCAACAUUGGCUAGCUCGUUGUGA